AUAGAUAAAAGGUUGUGUGAUAUAAAUAUGGGCAAGCUUGUUUCAGGAGUGCGAAUACAGUUACAGUGGUAUCGGCUGCAUUAAUUCAGAAGGUCCUGGUUCGAGAUCGUACGAGCAAACGCACAAUUAACUGAUUUUCACCUCUCUAGACGGUCCUAGUGAGUGACUCCCGAAUCUAUUCGCAGCUGCUCAACUCUCCCCCCCACCCCCCCGCCCCCCUCCGCUCCGGAUUUGGGAAAGAAAAAAAACAGCAGCUGUAACGUUAUAACAAUUUGGAAAAACGCGACUGGGGCAUGCUGUCAGUCGUGGACAAAUCUGUGCCGAAUCAAAGCCAGAAGAGUCAUGGCUGAGGACUACUGGGAGAGCAGAGUGGCUUUGGGAUAUUAUUGUUAAGAUUACAAGGGCAUACGGGAUCUCGCGUCUUCGGCCAGGCGAUUGAACAGUGGCUGCCCCUCCGCCCCCCGCGUCUCGACCCCCCCUGCCCCCCCUGAUGGACCGCAUGAGGAAGAUCAAGCGGCAGCUGUCCCUCACGCUGCGGGGGGGCAGCGGCGGGGAGAAGAGCCUGAGCGAGACCAUCGCCUCCCAGGACACGGCGCACAGCGACUCCGACGCCAUGUCAGUGAGGGGCAGUGGCGGCGUGCGGGGCGCAGUGAGGGGCGCGGGGCGUGCAGGAAGCUCCUUCAGCAUGCACUCGCUGCUGCAGUCGUACGGCCCCGCCCUGCGCCGACCCCGCGGCCUGGGCCGCAGCCUCAGCUCCUAUCUCAACCACACCACACGACUGGAAAUAGUCCAUGAGGAUGUGAAGAUGGGUUCUGAUGGGGAGAGUGACCAGGCUUCAGCCACCUCCAGCGACGAAGUGCACAGUCCUGUCCGCGUGAGACUGAGGAACAACCCAGGCCGCAAGAUCUCAACAGAGGACAUCAACAAGCGCCUGUCCCUGCCGGCGGACAUCCGCCUUCCCGACGGCUACCUGGAGAAGUUCAGCCUGAACAGCCCGCUGUUCGACAAGCCCCUCAGCCGCCGGCUGCGGAGGGUGUCGCUGUCGGAGAUCGGCUUCGGAAAGCUGGAGACGUACGUGAAGCUGGACAAACUGGGAGAGGGGACCUAUGCUACUGUGUACAAGGGCCGCAGCAAGCUGACGGACAACCUGGUGGCCCUCAAAGAAAUCCGCCUGGAGCACGAGGAGGGGGCGCCCUGCACUGCCAUCCGAGAGGUGUCCCUGCUGAAGGACCUGAAGCACGCCAACAUCGUGACUCUGCAUGACAUCAUCCACACGCAGAAGUCCCUCACGCUGGUGUUCGAGUACCUGGAUAAAGACCUGAAGCAGUAUUUGGACGACUGCGGCAACUGUAUCCACAUGCACAACGUCAAGCUCUUCCUGUUCCAGCUGCUGCGUGGGCUGAACUACUGCCACCGGCGCAAAGUCCUCCACCGGGACCUCAAACCGCAGAACCUUCUCAUCAACGACCGCGGGGAGCUCAAACUGGCCGACUUCGGUCUGGCCCGGGCCAAGUCUAUUCCCACGAAGACGUACUCCAACGAGGUGGUGACGCUAUGGUACCGCCCCCCCGACAUCUUGCUGGGCAGCACUGACUACUCCACCCAGAUAGACAUGUGGGGAGUAGGGUGCAUCUUUUACGAGAUGUCCACCGGUCGGCCCCUCUUCCCCGGCUCCACAGUGGAGGAGGAGCUGCACUUUAUCUUCAAGCUGCUGGGCACACCCACGGAAGAAACCUGGCCUGGAAUUACCUCAAAUGAGGAAUUCAUCUCCUACAACUACCCCCGCUACAGACCCGACUGUCUGCAGAACCACACCCCGAGAUUGGACAGUGAAGGAGUAGACCUGCUCUCCAAACUACUACAGUUUGAGGGAAAGAAGCGCAUCUCUGCAGAGGAGGCCAUGAAACACCCCUACUUCCACAGCCUGGGAGAGCGAGUGAUCACACUGCCAGACACUACUUCUAUAUUUGCACUUCAAGACAUUCAGCUGGAGAAGGAGCCGGGGAUGAGAACCAGCUCCUUGUCUGAUUCAGCGGUGGUGAGAGCAGGUACAGGAUGUGAAGUUGUGAAUGAGUGAACAGCAUUCACCGGCGGCAGAGCCUGCUCUUCUGAAAGGAGGAGAAGAAGGAAAGAGCGAGAGAGAGCAAGACGCUGACAGACAUUUCCGCAUGUGAUGAAGGGAUACAUAUUUAAUUUUUAUCUCCUUUUUUUUUUGUUGUUGUUGACAUUUUCAUUUUUUUCAUUUUUCAACUGUGUUAAGGGGUCCUGUGAUGUUUUUGUGUAAAGGGGGGGUGGGGGGUUUCUAGCUGUUUACAUUUGAGAUGAGGUAGAGGGUGGGGGUUUUUACAGCAAUAUUCACUACCCCCUCCCGUGCACCGUAUACAAGUUUACCAUGACAAUCGCACACUUUUUUUUUACCAUCCUUUUCCCCCUGUGUUUACUGCUAAUGUGUGAAAAGCCCUGUGUUUUCUUAAUAACACAGUCGACUGUGUUACAUGGCGCUCACUGACAAAUCUGGUAUACCUGCUUAAUACAGGUAUGAUAAAAGGUUAGGUGGAAACAAACCUUAACAGCAGGUUGGAGGCGUUAAUGCGCACAGACUUAUAUCAUGUCAUUAUUGAGUAGGCAGAAGCAUUGAUUCGAACUACGAUGACUCAGUAAUUAUUGAUGUGGGUUGCGCAAUAACCCCAAUACCCUGGGAAUGCGAUGUGUUGCCAUAGUUACAUAAAGCAGUUAUAUAAAACAAACAAAAUGCAAUAAUGAUGACAAUAAUAAUAAUGAUAAUAAUCAUAAAAGAAUUAUGCAGAUCAGGGUCAAAUCUGGAGGGGGGAGAAGGUGGUGAAAAAUCACGCAGGUACUGUUGAGAAGUGAAUGUCUUGGAGGGACUCUUCCUCAAACCAGUCUUCCUCGGUCCCUGAUUCGUCAGACAGCAUUUCUCUUUGCACAUCCCUCUUCGCAUUGAAAACCAACCGCAGCAUGUACCAGCUGAAUGCGGCUUGAAUUCCAGUGCAGGUUUUUGGCAUGACUCCAGUAUUUUCUUUCUGUUAUUAAUUAACUGCCACUCAACUGAUCUAAUGCCUAAUUUCUUACAUACCAGUUUGCAUGAAAUGCAGAAAUCUCCUCUACAUGUGGAGAUUUUGGAGAACUGCGAGCGGAGUGAAGUCUACAUGUUAGUCACAGUUCACCCAGUCCACAGACUUCAGAUAAGGAAGACCCUAUAAGUGUUUACAGUCGCGUUGUACCAAAUCCCUGCUCUGGAAUGAAUGUAAAGGUUUGCUUUUCCAAGUGUACAACGACAGGCCAGUCCGCUCCCUUCAAACCAAACUCCCGCGUCGUCAGCGUCGGUACGAUUCGCGCAGAACCAGAAAUGGUCCGUCAGAGAAACACGAACACGUUCUUUGCCUUUUGUUUUUUUUUUUUUUUUGAUCCCUGGGUGAGUUAGUUGUAUGAUGAAAGGACACGUGGAAAGGGACCUGCUCUUUUCGGAGUGAUCGGAUAGUCUCUCAUUCUUGUGAGGGCACAAUCUAAGGAAUUACCCAUGAGCGCUGAGAUGGCGGGUGGUUUCUUCCAGGAUUGGCCAGUGCCAGCUCGUGCAGCUCACACAGUUGGAAUAAUAAUGUUUGGGCGAUGGUUGGGGUAGGGCAAGGGAACAGAAUCUGAGUGACAGUUUAAUGAAUCGGCAAUGUAUGAAAUCUGUUGAGGUCAAAGCGAAAUGUGAAACAUUGAUAGUCCAUCACCCUUCAAAAUAACACCUGCCGAGGCGGAGGUGUUUUCGGACAUUUUGAUAACACUGAGUCUGUGACCAGUUUCUAGCAGGGUGUUUUUGAGAAUUUUUACAUUUCAUUUAGGAUUACUCAUUUGUUUUCUCUUUUUUUAGGUAUUGGUUGUGACCCACAGAAAGGGGGGGUGAGAGCUGGAAGUUAAAUUGGUAACAUGAACGAUCUGUGGUGUCUCAUUGUUCAAAGUGGGCAAACGUAAGAUGAUAUAUUGUGGAAGAACCUGGUUCAAUGUAAAUAGCCUGAGAACGCUCAUUCAGAGUGUGACAGGAUACUGUGCAAUGAGAGGGCCUCUUAUCAAUACAUUAUUGUGAAAAUAUGAGAGUAACUUUGUGUUGUUAUAAUUAUCAUUGAUGAUAAUAUUGUUAUUUUUUUAUUUUUUAAGAAGAAAAACAGUUGCUUAAUCAUAGGAAACCUAUUUGGUAUAGAUAAUUUGGUUUUUUUCUGAUGUUUGUUGUUUCUUUUGAAGGUGACUUUUGGGAGGGCUAAAAUGGCUGUUCUUGGCUGUUAAAGUGGUCUCCUGCUCCACUGCGCAAUAACUGACUGUGUUUAUACCUUGCAUUUUUCAAAAUUCCCAAUGGAUUAUAAUUACUGUAUGACAGGCGUGGAUAUGCAGUUCAUCAAACACGGUCGAGGUCGGCAGCACUUACACGUUUGUCCUGGAAGCUGAAUUUAUCGCCCGUUUUUUUCUCUUUUGUACUGGACUCAAUCGCUGAAAUUUUGAUAUCAGACUUUUUGAUAUCAAGAGUUUAUUCUUCGUCCAGAGUGGCAUUACGUGUCAGCUGUGUAGAGCCAAUAAUGUAAAACCUCUAAAGUAAAGUUAUCAUUUCCGCAGGAUUUCAUUUCAUUGAACAGUGUGUCUCAAAGGUGAAUAUCUAAACUGAGAUCUGAUUUAUUAAAAUAUUUUUAUUUUAGGUUCAUCAGUUUAGGUUCACCUGUGAGCAAAAGGUUACAGAGAAGAAAAAGGACAAUUAUAUUUUGUGUAUUUCUGUAGUGCAUCUGUAUUGUGUCUUUUUUUAUGACCUCUUCAUUUGGCGCAUUAUUAGCUUACAACCAAUUUCGUUGCAUAUUUUGUUGUGUGUGUGUGUGUGUGUGUGUGCAUGCAUGUAACUCGGAGAGAGAAUUAGGUGUGCUGAAGUAUACCUGUAUACCAUAUAUACCUGUGUGUGUGUGAGAGAGAGAAAGAGACAGAUUCAUCAGCCAAACGUUUGAAAACCAUAUAGACACACCCAAAAAAAAAGCAAUAUCUGAUGUAAAUGCACAUUAUAUUUGCCAGAUAAUAGACACUGACAUCUGACACAGAUUGUAAUUUCUAUCUGAGGUGCAGUUACAUUGAAAAGAAAGGGCUGGGGGAUUUGCUUAAUACAACGUUGUGUAAGUAUUUAUAUUUAAGUGGGCGUUUAGGCCUUAGGCAUGGAUGUACAGCUACCAACAAGUUUUUGAAAUGUGGAAGAGUAAUGUAAAUGUUAAAAAAGAAAAA